AUUUAAACUAGCCGUUUCUCUCUAUCUCUCUCUCCUCCCUAUAUAACUUUCCUCUUCCUCCUUUACUUUUCCCCACUUUCAAAUCCCUAAUUCCUUCCCUUCCUCUCAAACCCUUUAUCUCUCUUUCCGCUUUCCAAAUCAACUAAAGUAAUUCAAAAUGCGUGAAAUCCUUCAUAUUCAAGGUGGUCAAUGUGGGAACCAAAUCGGGGCUAAAUUCUGGGAGGUUGUUUGUGCUGAACAUGGUGUUGAUGUCACUGGAAAAUACCAAGGUGAUACAGAUCUUCAGUUAGAAAGGAUUAAUGUUUAUUAUAAUGAAGCUGGAAGUGGUAGAUUUGUUCCUCGAGCUGUUCUUAUGGACCUUGAACCGGGUACCAUGGACAGUAUUCGGGCCGGCCCUUAUGGCCAGAUUUUUCGCCCGGAUAACUUUGUUUUUGGACAAUCUGGGGCAGGAAAUAAUUGGGCUAAAGGUCAUUAUACCGAAGGUGCUGAGUUGAUUGAUUCGGUUCUAGAUGUUGUUCGAAAAGAAGCUGAGAAUUGUGAUUGUAUGCAAGGGUUUCAAGUUUGUCAUUCAUUGGGAGGAGGAACAGGAUCUGGAAUGGGAACUUUGCUGAUUUCAAAGAUACGAGAGGAGUACCCAGAUCGAAUGAUGAUGACAUUUUCGGUUUUCCCUUCACCGAAGGUUUCAGAUACUGUGGUUGAGCCUUACAACGCUACAUUGUCUGUGCAUCAACUUGUUGAAAAUGCUGAUGAAUGUAUGGUUCUUGAUAAUGAAGCUUUGUAUGACAUUUGCUUCAGAACUUUGAAGCUUACUACUCCAAGCUUUGGCGAUUUGAACCAUUUGAUAUCAGCUACCAUGUCCGGAGUAACUUGCUGUUUGAGGUUCCCAGGUCAACUGAACUCUGACCUUAGAAAAUUGGCAGUCAAUCUCAUCCCAUUCCCUCGGCUUCAUUUCUUCAUGGUCGGUUUUGCGCCUCUAACUUCUCAUGGCUCUCAGCAAUACCGCUCCUUGACAGUCCCUGAGCUAACUCAGCAAAUGUGGGAUGCCAAGAACAUGAUGUGUGCAGCUGACCCUCGACAUGGCCGUUACUUGACAGCCUCUGCAAUCUAUAGAGGAAAGAUGAGCACAAAGGAAGUCGAUGAGCAGAUGCUGAAUGUGCAGAAUAAGAACUCAUCUUACUUUGUUGAGUGGAUUCCCAACAAUGUGAAAUCCACAGUUUGUGAUAUCCCUCCAGUUGGUUUGAAGAUGUCUUCCACCUUUAUUGGUAACUCAACAUCCAUUCAAGAGAUGUUUAGGAGAGUAAGUGAGCAGUUUACUGCCAUGUUUAGGAGGAAGGCUUUCUUGCAUUGGUAUACUGGGGAAGGAAUGGAUGAGAUGGAGUUCACAGAGGCCGAGAGCAACAUGAAUGAUUUGGUUGCAGAGUAUCAGCAGUAUCAGGAUGCAACAGCUGACGAAGAAGACGAAUAUGAAGAGGAUGAAGAUCAGCAGUAUGAAUGAUAUUAGCUUUUGCUCAAGAACCAAAAUUUAUCAACUUAAAAAUGUUAGAACUUUGCUUAGCAUUGGUUUGUAAGUGUAAACUCAACUUCCGGUUGUAGGAAACUUGAUUUCGGUAAGCUGUAUUGAUACACCCCACAACAAUUGUGAUUUCUUGGGGAUUUGCAGUAAUGGUUCUAUCUUUUGUUAUAUUUCUCA